AGACCCUAGAGACAGAUGCAGGCUGGUGGAGGCAUCCGGAACCGGGCAGCAGAUGUAAUAAAGGAACAGAACCGAGAGCUGCGAGGCACACAGAGGGCUAUAAUCAGAGACCGAGCAGCCUUGGAGAAACAAGAAAAACAGCUGGAAUUAGAAAUUAAGAAGAUGGCCAAGAUUGGUAACAAAGACGCUUGCAGGGUUUUAGCUAAGCAGCUUGUCCAUCUACGGAAACAGAAGACAAGAACUUUUGCAGUAAGCUCAAAAGUCACGUCUAUGUCCACACAAACAAAAGUGAUGAAUUCCCAGAUGAAGAUGGCAGGUGCAAUGUCUACCACUGCAAAGACAAUGCAAGCAGUCAACAAGAAGAUGGAUCCACAGAAGACACUACAAACAAUGCAGAAUUUCCAGAAGGAAAACAUGAAAAUGGAAAUGACUGAAGAAAUGAUCAAUGACACCCUUGAUGACAUCUUUGAUUGUUCUGAUGAUGAAGAAGAAAGCCAGGACAUUGUGAAUCAAGUUCUUGAUGAAAUCGGAAUUGAAAUCUCUGGAAAGAUGGCCAAAGCGCCUUCGGCUGCCAGAAGCUUACCGUCUGCCUCCACCUCAAAGGCUACCAUCUCUGAUGAAGAGAUUGAACGGCAACUCAAGGCUUUGGGGGUAGAUUAGAUCACCAAGCCAUACUAUUGUCACUUUCUUACAAUUAUUUGACCUAACAUGGGUCCGGUGUAGAUUCCUUUUACAAAACACAUUCAUUUUGCAAAAAUGAAGACCAUGAGCGAACACUUGUUUCCUGACCCAUGGCUAUUUUGAACCUUUUGCCAAAGAAUUCCAGUGACGCAAAAAUGGGAACAGUUUGGGUGUUGACUAGAACCACCAAUGUAUGAUGAUGUGUGCAAACUGAGUUCUUUCUGCAUGGCAUAGAGAUGUCAUUACUUAGGGUCGGGGUGUGUUCUAAAUCUUUCUACACUGAAAUCAGAGUUCUUGUUAAAUGUCAUUAGGCACCAACUUAAAGAGACUUGUAAAAAUAUUAAAGGUAUAGCAUUAAUUCUGUAUCUGUUGCUUGUCCUUUGUUGAUAGUUACGUUAGGACUACAGGCAGUGCAGCUGCCAAAUUAUUUUUAAAUCAUCUAAAAAGGAGUGCUAUUUAAACAUCUGUCUUAAAAACUGUCAUGAGCUUUUACUUUUCUUCCAUUUUUUCCCCCUUUGGGAGAACAUUCUAGUUGGUAAGUUUAUUACCUUUCAAAAUGUGCUUGGCACCUGCCUUAAAUAGCACAAACAUAUUGUGCACAUCUUUAAAUUAUUUUAACUGGCAAAAAAGAAUUACAUUUGAAAAUAAAAUUGAGACUUCGAACAGUUACCCAAGCUGUGUUGUAAAGCUUAUAAAAGCGAAGUGGAUAUAAUUAGCAAAAUGAAGAAAGAAGACGCUGAAUUAAUCACAUUUUAUAGUAAUGAAACCACACUUUGGUGUUUCUUCCAAGAACUGAGACUUUCUCCAUAUGAAUUAUAACUUAGUCUGUGUUGAAUUUUGAAUUGUAUUAAUAAACACAUUAAAUCCUCUAAAUUGAAGCCAUUCUUCUAAAUGAAGUACUACUACUAUGACAAUACUUGACUUAGACUUCUAAAGUAAGCGAAUUUUUGUUUUGUUUUGUUUUUGGUAAAUAAACUACAACUUUGUCAGAAA